AUGUCAGAGGGCGAGAAACCUACAGAGGAAGGGACUGCUGCUACUCCACCGCCUCCCACAAACGAGACCACGGCAAGUACGGACGCUGCUGUAAAUGGACACUUUUCACCUGCAUCUCAUUCAAGCGAAAAGGUUUGGGUACAGACUGUAGAAGAAGAUUCCAAGGAACAAGAAGAUCACAAGAAAGAGGAAGAAGAGGAAGAAAAGAAAUACAAGGCAUAUGAGCAACCACUGGCUGACAAGAAACAAGCAGACUCCAAGGAUAUUGAAACGGGCAAUUCUCAAGAGGAGGAAAAAACAAAACGUGCAUCUUUCGGAUCUGCAUCAAGCUCCAGUAGCAGUGAUGGUUCUUCAGAACUUGCUGCCCUGAAACGGGAAAUGACCGUGAGAAAGUCUAGAAUGGACAUUGAAACUUUGACACUAAUGGCUAAACUGGAACGAAAACAAAAAAGGCAAAAACAACGGAUGAUUGGUUUGGGCGUCUUUGUCGUUGUGAUUGGAGGAAUCAUUGGCAUUAUCAUUGCUCUUACACGAUGA